GGCGCGCCGGGAGCUGGCCUGGCUCCUCGGGAGCGCGCCUCGGGGGCCCCGCCCUGUCUCGGAGGGGCUGRCAGGGUUCGGAGCCUGCGGGCGGCGCUGGCUGGGCCAGCCAGGCAGCGCGGAAUGCUGCACUCCUGAGGAAAAAGGCAGUGGUCCAAGUAUUUUCUGCGGUUUUAAGCGGCUACGGAUAACCUUCCCUCCAGUCCCACAAAAACUAGAUUUGAGAGGAAUCCUUUAUGUUUUUCAUUUAUCCUGUUUGAGGCCAGAGGAAAGAUGUCUGAAUUCAGGAUUUACAAAAGGUGCAAGUUUGGGCAGUUCUGAAGACUACAAUUUUGUUAACUUAUAAAACAGAAGAUCUGUUUGAAAUGUGGUGGUUUCAGCAAGGCCUCAGUUUUCUUCCCUCAGCCCUUGUAAUUUGGACAUCUGCUGCUUUCAUAUUUUCAUACAUUACUGCGGUAACACUCCACCAUGUCGACCCUGCUUUGCCUUAUAUCAGUGACACUGGUACAGUAGCUCCAGAAAAAUGCUUGUUUGGGGCAAUGUUAAAUAUUGCUGCAGUUUUAUGCAUUGCCACCAUUUAUGUUCGUUAUAAGCAAGUUCAUGCCCUGAGUCCUGAAGAGAACCUUAUCAUCAAAUUAAACAAGGCUGGCCUUGUACUUGGAAUACUGAGUUGUUUAGGACUUUCUCUUGUGGCAAAUUUCCAGAAAACAACACUUUUUUUUGCACAUGUAAGUGGAGCUGUACUCACCUUUGGUAUGGGCUCAUUAUAUAUGUUUGUUCAGACCAUCCUUUCCUACCAAAUGCAGCCCAAAAUUCAUGGCAAACAAGUCUUCUGGAUCAGACUACUGUUGGUUAUCUGGUGUGGAGUAAGUGCAUUUAGCAUGCUGACUUGCUCAUCAAUUUUAUACAGUGGGGAUUUUGGCACUGAUUUAGUACAGAAACUCCACUGGAACCCUGAGGACAAAGGAUAUGUGCUUCAUAUGGUUACUACUGCAGCAGAAUGGUCUAUGUCAUUUUCCUUCUUUGGUUUUUUUCUGACUUACAUUCGUGAUUUUCAGAAAAUUUCUUUACGGGUGGAAACCAAUUUACAUGGAUUAACCCUCUAUGAUACUGCUCCUUGCCCUGUUAUUGAUGAACGAACACGACUACUUUCCAGAGAUUUUUAAUGAAAGUGUAAAAUAUUUCUGUACUGAUUAUGAUUCUCAGGGAUGGAGAAAAGGUUCAGAAAAGUAACUUACUACCCUCUGAAAUUUUCAACCAAUUAAUCAAGACUGACAGUGACAUUGAUGAAUCCUGAUAAUCAGGAGACAUGAAAUAAGCCAUUUGAUAAAUCAUUUAAAGGAUAUAAUCAAGAGGACUAUUUAAAAACAUUUAUACCUAUACUUUUUUAUCCCAGGAAAUAAAAUCAAAGGACUAUAGCAUUGUAGUUUUUUCUACUUUAUUUACAAGAAACAUCCUGAAGUGCACCARUCUAUACAACCCAGCCUUUCACAUUUGUAAGUCACUAUAAAAAUGUUUUGAUAGCACUUUUAUGAGAGACAUUUUCCAUGUUUCCAAAAUAGUAAGUAUUCGUUAAUAAAUCAUUUAGAAUUGGGCUUUAAAGUUUGGAGUUUUGUCACAUUAAUACAUUUAUUAUAGU